AGGAUGCGGCUGCUUUUUGAGGCAGCGGUUCUGUGCCUGACCCUGGGCUUGGGGCACGGCACCGAGGACACGACGCAGGAGAACGCCGCCCACCAAACCUCCUCCAUGGAGUCGUACUUUCCAGAAUGGGGCAUCGGGGCCAUCCGGGACAGCUUUGAAACAGUUAACAGCUACUUUGACUCCUUCUUGGAACUGCUUGGGGGGAAAAAUGGCGUUUGUCAGUACAGAUGUCGAUAUGGGAAGGCUCCAAUGCCGCGACCUCACUACAAGCCCCAAGAACCGAACGGCUGCAGCUCCUAUUUUCUGGGGCUCAAGGUACCCCAAAGUCUAGAUUUGGGCAUCCCUGCCAUGACCAAGUGCUGCAACCAGCUGGACGUUUGUUACGACACCUGCGGGGCCAACAAGUACCGCUGCGAUGCCAAGUUCCGCUGGUGCCUCCACUCCAUCUGCUCCGACCUCAAGCGCAGCCUGGGGUUCGUCUCCAAGGUGGAAGCUUGUGAAUCCGUCGCAGACACGGUGUUCAACGCCGUCUGGACCCUGGGCUGCCGGCCCUUCAUGAACAGCCAAAGGAGCGCCUGCAUUUGCAGUGAGGAAGAACGAGAUGAACUGUGAGGAAGAGCAGAUCCCCUGGCCUCCACCAGCCUGCUGCCAAGCGUCCCCUCUCCGCACAGCGCCUUCUAUCAGCCCUCGGGCCAGGGGGACCUGGGCCGAGCAACAUGCAUCGGCUACGGCUUUCGGGCAGGAGGCUGACACGGAGGAGGCAGCCUGUGGAAACGGGGCAGCGAUGCCUGCUGUCCAGCGCAGCUGCAGGUCAACAGCCCUGUCCCUUUCCAAGUCCAUCAACCUGAAUGACCUGAUGCCAAUUUUCUCCACAGACUGAUCAGGAAAGGCAAGCAGGAUGCAGUGAUGGUUGUAAACAAGGGGAUCACUUGUUUGCCUUAGACACGAUUGUAUUAGCAUCCCCUGCCCCUUACCUUUCCAAAUUGCAGUGCGAAGCAUGAGGCUUCUGCAGCCCCGCAAAGUCCCAGCCUGUGGCCACACUAUUCAUGUUUUCCCACUUCUGGUGACUGAAGGAGAGGGGUAAUUUGCUCUCGGUAUGUUGCUCA